AUGCAGGCAGUGGGUGUUUUCUAUAUUAAAGACGGUAGGAAAAGAUACGUGAAAGUCAGAAAAGAAGUUAUUUUAUCAGCAGGAGCCAUUAAUUCUCCUCAGUUGCUCAUGUUGUCUGGAGUUGGACCCGAGAAACAUCUCGACGAGAUGAAUAUUCCACUAGUUGCAAACUUACCAGUCGGCGAGAAUCUGCAAGAUCAUCAGAUGGUGUUUUUGUACAGCGAUAUAAAUAAACCAUAUAGUGCAACAAUAGAUGAAGUUACCCACUGGUGGACAUGGUUCAAGUUCUAUGUAUAUGGUGGUGGGCCUUUGUCACACUCUGGACUAGACGUAUCGGCAUUUUUACACCUUGACAAGACAAAACAAGGAAAAACGUAUCCAGAUAUUCAGUUGAUUUUCUUCAGUUUUCUUUCAUGGGAAAAUAUUUUUAACUUAGACGAGAGCUUGCAAGAACAGCUUUUAGAAAAAGAUGGCAAUAAGCAUGGGUUUACGACAGAUAUCUGUUUGACACGUCCAAAAAGUACAGGACGUAUCACACUUAUGAGUAAAGAUCCGUUUGAUUAUCCUAAAAUUGAUUCCGAUUUUCUAACAGAACAAACAGAUGUUGAGACAUUUAUAGGCGGUAUAAGAAUCUGGGAAAAACUAACCGAAACCAAAACUUUUCUUGAACUCGGUGUAGACAUCAAUCAAAUGCAGAAGAAAUUCUGCUCUUCCCACCAAUUCCGUUCUGAUGAAUAUUGGGAAUGCGUCGUCCGCCAUGUUGGACUAACACAUUACCAUCCGUCCAGUACAUGUAAAAUGGGCGCGAUUAGCAAUCCGACAGCAGUUGUCGACCCUGAACUUAGAGUCAAAGGUAUUAAAGGGUUAAGGGUAGUCGAUGCUUCAAUAUUCCCAAACAUUACCUCGGGAAAUAUAAACGCACCAACUAUAAUGGUAGCGGAGAAGGCGGCAGAUAUGAUUCGUGGAAAGACACAGUGA